CAUAGCCCCAUAAUUUGCUCCUAAGUACAAAAAACAUGCCGAAAUUCUCUCAUUUCAGAUUUUUUGUGUCCCCAUUUCUUCUCUUCUUUAUUUAUCCUAACCCUGCCUGUUCUUCCACAGAAGCAAAUGCUCUACUGAAAUGGAAAGCCAGCUUUGAAAAUCCCAACAAUUCAGUACUAAAUUCAUGGACCUUUGAACCCGUCAAUUCCACCAAGUUUUCUGGCCAUCCAAAAGCAACUGCCAGUGCCAAUCCGUGUAAUUGGUAUGGAGUUUCUUGCAUCUAUGGAAGUGUUCAUGGACUGAACCUCACAAAUGCAAGUAUUCAUGCCACUCUAUAUAAAUUUCCGUUCACGUCUCUUCAAAAUCUCACUUAUAUGAAUCUCAGCAACAACCAAAUUUAUGGAUCCAUACAUGAAGAAAUGGGAAAUCUCAUCAAUCUUGUAGAAGUUGACAUGGGCUCAAACAUGCUGACAGGUUCCAUUCCUCCCACUCUAGGAAACUUGGAUCAGCUACAAAUUUUACACCUUUUCAAAAAUAAACUUGUUGGUUCAAUUCCUCCUGAGGUAGGGAAGCUAAAAUCACUUCAGAGACUAAAUUUAGGGACAAAUAAUCUUACUGGUCCAAUCCCAGCUUCGCUAGGUGAAGCUACAAGUCUAAUUAUUUUGCGCCUCUUCGAUAAUCGACUUUCUGGUUCUAUUCCUACUGAGUUAGGAAAGCUAAAAUCACUCAAGAGACUGUGCUUGAGGAGAAAUAAUCUCACAGGUCCAAUACCAAUUUCUUUAGGUGAUUUAAGCCAUUUAAAUUUUUUGUCCCUACCUCACAACAAACUUUCUGGCUCCAUUCCAAGUGAACUGGGAAAACUGAAAAAACUGCUCAGGCUGACGUUGUAUAGAAAUCGAUUUUCCGGUCAUUUGCCAGAGUUAUGUGGUGGAGGAGUACUAGAAAGAUUAGUUGUGCAUUCCAAUAGACUUUCAGGCCCAAUCCCUCAGAGCUUAAAGAACUGCUCCAGUCUUGUCAGAGUCAGAUUUGAACGCAACCGGUUUUCUGGGAAUCUGUCCGAAGAAUUUGGUGUCUAUCCAAUUUUGGCAUUCAUCGAUCUUAGUGAUAAUAAAUUCUUUGGUGAACUCUCCAUUAAUUGGAAUAGUAGUAAACAGCUACAAAGUCUGAAAGUUGCGAGGAACAACCUUACGGGACGCAUUCCUCCAGAAUUUGGAAAUUUGAGUCAACUACGUCUACUCGAUCUUUCUUCAAAUAAGUUAUAUGGGGAGAUCCCGAAGGAAAUUGGGAAGCUGAUUUCACUUCUGGAACUUCGUUUGAAUGACAACCAACUUUCUAGGGAUAUACCUGAAGAAUUGGGAUCACUCUCAAAGUUGAUAUACCUUGACCUUUCCAGAAACAUAUUGACAGGUCAAAUACCAAGAUAUUUAGCAAACAUCAGGCAAUUGUAUCACUUGAAUUUGAGCAACAACUAUUUUAUCCAAGGAAUACCUAUUCAGCUUGGUAAGUUAAUUCUUGUGUCCGAGUUGGAUAUGAGUAAUAAUUCACUCACUGGAGAAAUACCAUCUGAAUUAGGAAAAAUGUCAAGCCUGGAGAUGUUAAACCUCUCCCACAAUCACCUCUUUGGACUCAUUCCUGAGAGUUUUCAAGAAAUGCCUGGUUCAGUGAACAUUGAUAUAUCCUAUAACGACUUGGAGGGUCCGAUUCCUAAUAGCAAAUCCUUUCAAAAUAUCUCUAUAGAACAACUACAAGGGAACAAAAGAUUGUGCGGAAAUAUUUCAGGAUUACAAAAAUGCAAAAGCAAAAACCCUGAGACACGAAAUGGCCGCAAACUCAUUUUGAUGAUUGCAAUCCCUCUUCUUGGUGCACCUCUGCUUCUAUUUGCUUCAGUUGGGCUCUUCAUCAUGUAUAAACUCAGACAGGGGAAUUCAAUGAAUGAAGAUUAUGAUUGUCUCACCAUAUUCAAUAGAAAACUCACGUAUAAAGACAUCUUAGAGGCCACAAAUGAAUUUGAUGAAGCAUUUUGCAUCGGAAGAGGAGGAUGUGGAAGUGUUUACAAGGCACGACUUUCAUUUCAAAACACGGUAGCAGCAAGAAGACUUCAAUCCUCGUCUGAAAUAGCUAUAGUAGCGGUGAAAAGACUUCAUUCCUUGUCUGAAACGGUGAACCGUAAAGCUUUCCUCACUGAAAUAAGAGCACUGGGAGAAAUCAGGCACCGGAACAUUGUGAAACUUUAUGGUUUCUGCUCAAAUGAUCAACACUCAUUUUUGGUCUAUGAAUACCUUGACAAAGGUAGUUUGGCCAAAGCUCUGAGCAUAGAUGAAGAAGCUAAGACAUUGAAUUGGCCUAAAAGGUUUAAUAUCUUGAAAGGCACGGCUCAUGCUUUGUCUUAUAUGCAUCAUUGUUGUUUGCCUCCAAUUGUUCAUCGAGACAUAUCAAGCAACAACAUUUUGCUUGAUUCACAUUACGAGGCUCAUAUUUCAGAUUUUGGCACUGCAAAGUUUUUGAAAUCGGACUCAUCGAAUUUCAGCACUCUUGCAGGCACAUAUGGCUACAUUGCACCGGAGCUUGCAUACACAAUGAAGGUGACUGAAAAAUGUGAUGUAUAUAGCUUCGGAGUGUUGGCAUUGGAAGUGAUCAAAGGAAAGCAUCCUGGUGACAGCAUUCAAAAUGUAACAACUUUCUCUCCUGGGAAUUUACAGUUGAAAGAUUUGUUGGAUCAAAGAAUUCCGUACCCUACUCGAGAAGAAGAGGAGGUUUUGAUGUCCAUUGUCGAAAUUGCAACCAAAUGCCUUCACUCCAAUCCACAUUUGAGGCCAACCAUGGAACUUGUUUCUGAUAUACUGAUGCAUCCACCACCUUCUCAGGGAAGUCUGGACAAGUGAAACUUGAAUUUCAGGAAAGUUUGCAAAUUAUGCCAAUUGCUUUUAUGCAGGUUUUUCAUUUCAUGCAUUACUGUUAGUUCCAACAAAACUAGGCAAUGAUUUGCAACUCCUUUUUGUAGCUUCACGUUUGCCAUGAAUCUUGCUACUCUGAAGGAUUUGCCUUUCUCAAAUCAAAUUGUAUGGAUUUGCCUCUUGUUUUUUAAGGAAAAUCAUCCCUUCCAGUGUUGUCAUUUAGUGUGUCCAGACUUCCAGCUGGAUUGAUGUGAAUUACAGUGUUUUUAAAGUACGAUGGUGAUAUUCGUGUAUAUACCUGUGGAAGGGAGUUUUGUGUGCUUCACGCGAUAUCAAGAUUUCAACUAUAAAAUGGCCUAUAUAUAGGGUUUGGAUGUAUUCAUUUGUCCAAAGGCUAAUGCCUUCCAUAAAGGUAGAAUCUAAGGAUGGCCACGUUCCGGUUCCCAGGUUAAGAUCCCAAGUCUCCAAGUGGGCCCUCUCGGCCAUCCACGACCUUGGGCUUCUUUUUAAGAAAAAGGUAAAGUUGUCUUGUGAAAAAGUAUAAAACAAGAAAUGAUACAAUUCUUAACGACUCAAAAGAGACAUUAUUAAAUUUGAAUUUCAUCAAUUUUAAACU